UUCGCCAUCUUCCCCCGCGGAUGUGGGAAUUCGAUAGAUCGCAUUCGGCACUGGAAGUAAGUGGCCGGCCGCGGUGGAGCACUCUUUUUGUGCUUGAGCUUGAGUCGGUGAAAAGCUGCUGUGGACGCGCGACACGCCGCGGAAUUCGGGAGAGGAAGUCGAGAGGAGUUACGCAAAUCGCCUGGACGCCAUGCCCGGACGCCCACUUUGGCAAGUUGCUGGUAAGCGAGAAGCGAGCCAAGAAGCCGAAGCUCAGCAAUGGAUCGAAACGGUGGUCGGCGAAAGAUUUCCACCAGGCGUGAGUUACGAGGACGCUCUGAGGGACGGCGUGCUCCUCUGCAAGCUCAUGAACAAACUGCAGCCUGGCUUGGUCUCCAAGAUCAACACGUCCGGCGGGGAUUACAAGAUGAUGGACAACCUUAAUCAGUUCCAAAAGGCAUGUAUGAAGUACGGAGUUCCCGACGUCGAUCUCUUCCAAGCUGUUGACCUGAUGGAACGUAAGAACAUCGCUCAAGUGACGAAUACCAUCUUUGCCAUCGGGCGAACGACGUACAAGCAUCCCGAAUGGCGCGGUCCUUGGUUAGGACCAAAACCGGCGGAGGAGAACAAAAGAGCCUUCACGGAGGAGCAACUAAGGGCUGGCGAAGGACUUAUCGGUUUACAAGCUGGCACCAACAAAGGAGCUACUCAAGCUGGACAAAACUUCGGAGCCACGAGAAAGAUACUUCUUGGAAAAUAAUUCAUAGAGUUUGCAUUUUUUUAAAUCUCUGUUAGAGAUAUAUUUUAUUCGCAAAAAAUAAUCUUUUAAAUGAAUGUAUACAUAUAAACAGAUAGCAUAAAGUUACAUAAUUGAAAACUCUAUGUUUUCCGUACGCGCUCGAAGUACUUGUGAAAAAAGUUUUUCAACAUUUCGACGAUUAUAGGCGAUUGAUAAGACAAUGCACCGAACAACAUGAUAAGUAAUAA